ACAUCGUGGUACUCAGACACCCUGUUCCUGCUAAGCCACGCCCCUUCCAGGUGGAUGUAGAAAAGCUCCAUCAGCUUCCCCCACUGAACAGAACCCAGAACACCUGCUGCCAACAACGCCUCCCUGAGCCAACCUUCACAUCCAGCAGAAAUGGAACAUAAGAUGAUGCAGGUUUUCGCCGCAAUGAUGGUUUUCCUGGCUCUCAGUUUCCAGCCAGUGCUGUCACAGGCUGAUAUUUCUAAAACAGGAUGUGGCACAACCAAACAGUGCGUCCAGCAGCCUGACUCCUGCGACCCCACCACCACCAGUUGUCUUUUUGGAUCUGCUCGCCCCACAGUGCUGAAGCCCCCAAAUGGCGUCGAUCUGGCCUUUGAGCUCAGUGGGAACGUUCCUGGAGUGAACUCUUCCGAAUACAUCGCCGUAGGUCUCACCAACGAAGCUCAGAUAAACUUCAUGCUUUUUAUCUGUGCUCUAAACAACAACUCAGGCAACGCAACUUUCUUCAACAUGUCGACGGUUUAUAACAGAACCAGUAACACUCUGAACAGUACAAAUGCGAAGCCAAUGACAGAUGUUAAAAACACCAUCAAUGGUACCAGCAUCAAGUGUACGUUUAACGUUGCUGGUCUGAAUACCACCACUGACGCUGCACUCGUCAGGGCCGCUGACACCACCUAUCGUAUGGUCGUCGGAUCUGGAACAGUGGAUGGAAAUGGACUUGUAGCCUUCACCAUUGCUAAAAUCGGUAAUGCUAUAGACCUCUCCAGCUUCCCAAACUCGACAAACACAACAGCCACAGGAGGAGCCAACCGUCCUUUCUACUCUAAUGCUGUGCUGCCUCUGCUCAGCUUCCUCACGCUGUCCAUCCUGACGUUCGCCUGAUCAAACCCAGAGAUGAAGAAGCUAUUAUAACCCCACAAAGACGCAGUGAAGGUGCUGCUUUAAAACGCAGCAAAAACCGAGUGUCAUGCUGUUUAUGAAGUGUUAUUACAAACUAAUUCAGAGAUGUAUACAUUAUAUAUUGCACUCAACACUUACGAAAUGAAAUAGCUCAGGUUCUGCAAAUGUUUUGGUGAUUUAAGGUAUAUAUUUUUUAAUAAUGUAAACAUAUCUAUUGAUACAAUUACUGUCCUUAAAUGCUUUUAUUACUGUGUGAAAUGAAAUGUGAGCAGGUCUCGUCGGUUUAUUAAAUCUGUCUAUCUUCUUAAUUGGAGCCCAUCCCAGCUCAGGCUCGUCUUGUUUUCAUUAAGUCAUGUCGGUUAGCAAUAAAACCAGAAGGACUCACUACACCAGAAAAACAACUAAACUGAAAGCAAGAUUUCAAUCUCGUUGGCGGUCGUCCAACAUUCUGGAUCUUAUCGUCAAAAGCUCCAGAUGUCACGGUACGGCUAUAGAAAACAAGCCACUUGGCACAAGUUGACACCUUUUGUUAUGUGAGAGGAUAUGAAAGAUGGUUGAACCCUGAUAGAAUGACAAAGCAUAUUUUUAGGAGCACUCUGCUUCGCUUCGAUAUAUGUAACUUAAUGUGAAAGCUUGAGACAUUUAGCAAAGCACAAUGAAAAAAUCAGGAGAAAAUGUUGAUAACCACAUUAUAUCACAGUUUUUCUUUACAAAGUAUUUUUUGACAAUAAACAUAUUAAAUUUGA